GUCUUUAGACUAGGAUGGUUCUGACACGGCUGUCCCAUUUUGGAGAGGUGUGUCCAUUAAGCGAUCACAGUUACAGUGAUCCCGCUGCUCAGUUUACUUCUGUUGUCCUGCCCUCAAACAGACGUGUGUCCGGGGUGGGUGUUGGAUCCAAGUCUCCAUCAGGACUAGCUUUGCCGUCUGGGUCGCCAGCAGAUCCACAGGCAGAGCAGUCUCUUCCAGCAGAUUCAGCAGCACCACAAGAGGAGGAAGUGGUGAAACUGCACAUCCUAGACCUUCCAAAUGAAAUAUUUGAAAAGAUCUUCUCAUACCUCACAUACAAAAAUAUUGGCGAGAUAAGACGGACAUGCAAGAGGUUCGAGCAAAUUGGGUCAAACAUCUUAAAUGCAGCUUUCCAGCGGCUGCAGCAUUUAAUGUCACAGAGGUUCCAGGCCAUCAAAGGUCAGAUGCCUCGAAGGGAGUCGGCGAGGCGCAAGCACCCUCUUGUGCGGGAACAUGACAUUGUUGAGACGUUACACAUGCGCUUGAUGCUUCUUCAGAUGUCCUUCGGCAAGCACAUUGAAAGGAAACACUGUUGCUUCUUUGCAGGAGAUAUCUUGGAUGAAGUACAUCGUAUUUUAUGGUACAUUAAGAACACCCCUACACUAGGCAGAGCAUACAAGGUGACAGAUGAACUGUUUGAUCUCUCCUCAAUGGCCAUGGAAUAUUUCAAAGAACACAUAGAACCAAGACUUCCAGAAAUAACCUGUUUUGGGUCAGACUUCCUGGACAUCACUACUAGAUAUUCUGACGGCUGCAGCGUAAGGCCCUCGGGGGGCAGUGCAAGAGUAUCGGAGCCAGAAGAUGACAUCCCAGAAUUUGACACGCUGCCCCCCUCCAACAUGGUCCUUCGCAAGAGGAUUCGCCGCAUACGUCAGGGCAUGAGGAGGUAUAACACACAGCUUGUUGCUUUGAAGAGGGAGCUGAAGAGUUGUAAGAGCAAGCUGACCGACCAGCACAAGCAGAUGAUGGAGUAUGCAACACGCAUGGAUGAAUAUGACAAGAAGUUUGAAGAAUCUUCAAGAAAGUUUAGCACGGUUCUCCAGGAACUGAACAAGUGCAAGACUGAGCUCCAGUACUGGCGUUCCAAAUCCCCCGCCCACCCUCUCUUGUGCUAUGGGUGUGGGCAAGCUGUGGGAGAAGGGGCUAACCAACAGCUCCAGGCUGGAGUGUUAAUGCAAGGUGGUGAUGAAACAGUGGUGUUUGUUCCCUUGGCUAAAGCUUCCUCUCAGGAGGGUGGAGAGAGUGCCACUCCCUCUGCUGUCUUUGGCCGUGGUAGUGGACGCAGUGGUUUGUGUGCCAUGAAUGGCUCCGUGAGGAAUCUCGAGCGAGUGUUUGAUCUGGAACUCUCCCCUUCAGAAACUUCCGCUGUAGAACCUGCCUCACACAGUAAAGUAGUGCCUGAAACUCUUCCCCUGGUCAGAGAUACAAAACCUGAGUCUGGCUCUGAAGCUCUGACACAGUCACAAUCCUUAUCUCAAGCUCAAUGUCUCCAUCUCUCCUCUCUGCCAUCCACUCCUGCCUCACAAAACAGCAGUAGCUCAACCUCUCCAAAUACUUCGACAUCUCAGACUUCUUUAUCUCAGGCAGGAGUGCCACUGGCUCUGUCACCAGUCACCCCUACUUCAGUGAGCUCUCCUCCUAUAGCCCCUUCACACACCCAUUCAACUCUACCUGGCACUCUACCUCAUGUCCAUUCACAGCCAUAUUCUGCCUUCCAUACUUGCGGUGCCUCUCACCAGACAGAGCAGCACCGCUGGGAUUCCAGCCAGGAGUGUGCUGAAGACUUGUCGAUGUCACGCUCCUUCAAGCAUGACCUUUAUGACGAUGGUGAUUGUGGGACCUUAAAGCGCCGUGUCAGUGAUGAAGAGAGCGACAAUUGUGAUACAAAUGACGACACUGUGGGUCGUAGGGUCAAGGAGCGCAAAAGAAUUAAACUGGAUGUUUUGUAAUAGAAGUGGAGAGAUUCCUGGCUUUGUCACUGGUUGCAUGCAAAAAAUAUUUUCAUGGAGGGAUUAUUUGUAGGGGAAAAGAAGAGAAAGAAAUGCUUUUAAGAGAAGUUCAGUGAAAAGUCCCUCUUUUUGUUCAGAAUAAUGAAAGUUGUGUCUGUUAACAAAGCUAUUUUUAUUAUCGUAGUUACUUUUUCAGUGUUUAAAGAAAUACUCUUUCAGCAUUAUGAUGUUUGUUUUUUAUUGAUAGUUCUUUUCUUAUUUAUUUUUUAAUGUAUUGCAUAUUGAACUUCUAAAAUGUCUUGGUUGUAAAUGUUGCAACAGCUAUUGCAGUUAACAUUGCCAAUAACUUUUAUUUUCUUUCUAUCUUUCUUUAUAUGCAUAUAUUUUAAGAUCAGUAGGUUAAAAGGGAGUUAUAAGUUGGAUUGAAAUAUUUUGCUCAUAUCCUUGUUCAGUUAUAUAGUUUAUAAGAAAUAUGGCUGGUAUUAAAUGUGCAAAGUAUCAAGAGGAAGCAAAGUGAUAAGAACUGUCAAUAAAAUGGCUUUAAGUAUGUAAAAUUAAGUGGAGCAGCUACACAAAUGAUGAGGAUGACAAUCCCGAAGGUGCUGCAGAAUUUGAAGUAGUGUGAAGUUGAGAGAUUCCUCUUGAUGUUGGAAGGAAGGCCAAGCGGGGUGAGCAGGAGUGGUCACUUGCCGCUGUGACUACACUCGGUGGGUGUGCUUCUGGUAAGUCUGGAUUUGAUGAGGGGUUAGGGUAGAAGGGUGGGUGGGGCAGUGAAGUAUUUGUGGAUAACAUUGGAGGGUAUCUUGUGAUUUUCAAAAAGGAAUGAUCCUAGUAGUGGCUACAGGAUAUUUUAAAUGUAUAGCAUUGACCCUAGCAUUGACAUAGGAUGAUUGGGAUUGUAGAUGAUUCUUGGAUUAUGAGUCCUCUUAAAGACAGGAAAAAAACAAAAAUUAAAAAAAGACAUAAGCUGUAAAAAAAUGCGUGAUUUUGUACUGCAACAAAAAGCUGUAUUUUAUUCUUUGUAAACAAAUAUUGUACAUAGUAUAUGUAACAGAAAGCUAUAUAUAGAUUAAUAUACUGCCUAGCAGUAAAUGAGGAAUGGUUCCAAUGAGUGACAAAAGUUCUUGAUGGAUUGCAAGGUUGUCAGUAGCAAUGCAUGCCUUAAUGUGCAUCAUUUCUUGUGGAUCGGUAUGAAGAAAGUUCAGUGUGGAUUAACCAAACUAAGGAUUUAUGGAAAGCAGUUUUGGAUUGAAAAAAAUAGUUGAACCAAAGGCUUUAGAAGAAAGGAUUAGCUUAGAGACUAGGAAAAUGGUAAGGUUUCUGAGUUUUACAAAUAAGAGGCUGUCAGGAAAUUGAUGGAAGACAUCUUAGCAUAGUGUGAAGGUUUGAACGAGUGCACUGGUAGGUAGACCUUGUCUGUAUGAUGAUGGGAGCUUCUUGUACAGCAUUGUAUCUUCGUAGAGGCCAGUUCUGGGCAUAGCAUUUAUAAAUUUAAUUGCUAGUUGUUGUGCAAAGAAGGUUUUGGCAGAUGUCACUUUUCAGCGACAGAUGAGUUAGUUUAUGCUUCCAGUCUCAUUUAACAUGUUCCAGGUAAGAUCUUUACCACAUUCAUUAAGGGGUCCCACUGAGGGUAUUGUUCCAAGUAAGACGAAGGCUGUACUAAAUCUUUUUAAUUACUUGAAACAUAAUUUACCAACAUAGUCAGAGAUAACGUCAUGUUUUAAUACAAUACUGAUAUGUUUAUUCUUACAUUAAAUGAGGAUAAUCAUGAUAAAGUAAUGUAAGUGAUUGGGUUGUUAAUGACAAAUCUAUUAUAUAUUUUAAUAAAGAUACAAAAGAAGAAUAGCAUGAUUAACCUGAUCAUUUUUCUUUAUUAUUAUUAUUUUAGGUAACGUCAUAAAUUACAGAGGAUAAAUGGUUGAAAUUAAGUUCCACAUUUAAUAUCAUGUAUCAGAAAUCGAAAUGCCAAGGAAAGAUUAACGAAGAUCCUCAAGGUCCCAGAUGAAUUUCAAAAAGAAUUUUCCUCCGAGAAAGAGAGAGACGUCGGCAUGAACAUUCGGUAGUGUGGUAUGAAAGCCAUAAUGAAACUCAGAUCCUGGUGAAGAAUUUAGUCAGUGGUGUGAACUAAAAUGGUCCUUUGAAAGAUAUACUACUAAUACUAUUCAUGUGUCAAAUGCAUACAAAGACUGGCUUCAUCUGUUAGUCUUGUUUCUUUUUAUAUGAUUAUCAUUAGUUUAACCUUAGUUCUUAUUGAAUAUUAUUAUUAUUAUUAUUAUUAUUAUUAUUAUUAAAUUUUGCCUGGGCUUUCCUAUCUCCUUGUAAAUUAAAGGCCUUAGAGAUGUACUGAAGGCCUUUUUAGUAUGUCAAAAAAACAUGUAUUGCAUGCCUGUUGAAAGGAAGAUAACAUAACAUUAUGGUGAGUGAGUAGAAUGUAUGUUGGAAAUGUUUCAGUGGAGUAAUUAUCAAAGACAUUACACAUUUUGCUGAUUCCAUUUCCCAAAGCUGCAUAUUUGCCUGAUGACGAAAAAGAGAAAGAAAAAAAAGACAAAAACAAAAAAACAAAAACAUUGCAUGCUUGCAAUGGUGUGUGAGAGUUAACUGUACAAUACUUCAUAUUUUUAUAAAUCCUAUGAAUGCCUGCCUUGUAACUCAGAAUGGAAAAUUUUCCCUCAAGUUUUAAAAGAUUUAAGCGAAAGGAAAAAAUAAGUGAACAGGUAUAGUACAAAAUGGAAUUGUAACCCCCCAGUCUUUCACGUUCAAGGUUUUCUUGUGGUUAUCAGUAGGUGCCAAGGAAGCAAAUAUGAGCCUUCAUGCUUUGUGCUGAUCUCCAAAUUAUUUCAUUAAUAUCCUUUCUCAUUAAGAGGGGGGGGGAGUCUGAAUUUUAUUGGCCUGUAGAAGUGUGGGAGAAAGGAAAAGAUUUCUGCUUUAACCAUUUUUCUUUUCUUUUUCCAAGGGAAAGCAGUGCCAAGUUGAAGGAACACAGUUGCUUUUGGCACCAGUUCUGGUAUGAUUUUAUUUAUGUUUGGAUGAUUUGGUCUUAAACACAAAUGUUAAUGUAUUCAGUAUACAGAAUAAUUCUUACUAUUUUUAUUUCUGUUAUGCCCAUAGGGUUCCAGACAUCAUUUAGUAUAUUUUAAGAUAUUCUAGUCUAUUGGUUUUGUGUCAAAUAUAAAUUUGAGGUGAGAAUUAUUCUUCAGGAGAGCUUUAGAUCAUUUAUUAUUUCAUGUUCAAGUAUACUUUUGAAAAAUCAUUUUGAUACAGUAUUUCUCUUUAUGGAGAUAUACUAUAACAGGUGAUCUUGAUUAACCCUGGACUAAAAUCAUCUGUAUUUGUUCUUUGUAAAUAAACUGCGUGUAAUGCUUUGUUAAGAUGUAGCGUGAUUGAUCAAACACAUUGACCUUGUAAGGAGUGAGGGCUCAAGUGGCUGUAUAUUUAAUGUUAAAAGAUAUAUCUAAUUUAUAGAGUACAAUCUUUCUAAGUAGUGAAAAUUAGUCUCCCGAAAUGACAGUAAGAGUGUGGGAACUUUACAUAGGAAUCGGCUGGAUAUAAGUAGUGCACUUUUUUGACUAUAGAAAGUUAUUUGAGGGGAUGGGUGUUUGAGGUUAAAAGUGAUUUUUUUUUUCCUUCCUUUUUUUUUAUGGUGGAGAUUCCCUCAACUUUUUUUUCUUUCUUUUUCUUUUUUUUUUAUGCUGAGGCAUGACUAAUUAAUUAGAAAAUUUGUGAUGUCAUGACCUGAAAACCCACGAGGAAGAUGUGAGAGUAGAAAAUGUGGAGUGGGAACCUAAGAAGAAAACCGACUUUGUGAUGGUUGGAACCUGGCUAUGUAUCGACUACAUAAUGUAAGGGAACCAAUGAUGUGUAUGACUUCAUAAUGGGUGGGAGCCCAUGAUGUAAUGUGACUUCUAAAUAAAAUCAUGUUAAUAAGUA